AUGUACAACAGCCAAUUACUCGUCGCCAAAUCUAGGGUCGCCCCCCUACGCGGGCUUACUAUCCCCAAACUAGAACUCUGCGCUGCUUUAUUGGGUUGUCAGGUGAUAGAUCAGAUUCGAAACAUAACGAAAUUCAGCGGUUCGACAACUUUCUGGUCGGAUUCCAGCAUAGUCCUUCACUGGAUCCAAUCGCCCCCUACCGUGUGGAAGGUUUUUGUCUCGAAUAGAAUAGCGGAAAUCAACAAACUGACGCACAAUGACAACUGGCGUCACGUUCCGUCAAAGCUAAAUCCUGCAGACCGCAUUUCUCGUGGUGUAUUACCAACACAGAUACUGGAAGAUUCCUUGUGGUGGCAUGGACCAGAUUACCUCGUACAGGACUUGGAAUACUGGCCUGAAGACAUAGUUACUCUUACACGCGCGGAGCAGGAAUCCCGUGACAUAGAAGCUCGCCAAACGAUUAGCUUCACCGUAAUGCAAACAGAUCAUUCAAUCAUCCAUCGUUACUCGGACCUCGGCAAGUUACUGCGGGUAGUCAGUUACUGUUUUCGUUUCUGCAACAACACUCGAAGCGCAAAAGGGUGUCGUAAUAUUGGUCUCCUGCAACCAUCCGAAGUAGACUACUCGCUGAAAUCGCUCAUUCGUUUUGUAAAAGGCAUGGAAUUCUCAGACGAAGUUAGUUAUCUUUCCGAAACCCCUCAGCGGCAGUUAACUAGUAAGGACAGGAAGUUACAGUCUUCGUUCAAAGUACUUAAUCCCUUUUUGGAUGAUUUUGGCCUGCUACGGCUCGGUGGACGAUUGGUUAAGAUGUCAGCUGCUCUGGAUACCCGAGCCCCCAUCCUGCUUCCGGCAAAUAAUCACCUAUCGUGGCUCAUUGCUCGCUCGCUUCAUGUAAGAACACUGCACGGAGGACCAAAUCUUCUGCUGGCAACCAUAAGACAAAGAUUUUGGCCAUUGCGCGGACGCCAAUUGGCUCGAAAGGUUGUUCGCCAAUGCGUAACUUGCUUUCGUUGUGCCCCGAAACCAACUGAGCAGUUUAUGGCACCUCUUCCGUCGGUGCGAACUACGCCAGCACGAGUGUUUCUGAAUAGUGGCAUAGACUAUUGUGGACCUUUUGGUGUUCGUCCGUUAGUUGGGAGAGGAGCAAACGUGAAAAUGUACGUCGCCGUGUUUGUAUGUAUGGUGGUGAAGGCGGUACAUCUCGAAAUAGUGACCGAUCUUACGUCCGUCGCGUGUAUCAAUGCGGUGAAACGGUUCAUUGCUCGUCGCGGUCGCGUAGUGAAUUUGUAUUGCGAUAAUUCAACAGCCUUCGUCGGCGCGGAUCGAGAAUUGAAGCUGAUGCGUCGGCAAUACAUUCAGCAAUUCUCUACGGAAGGGUGGAACGGCUACUGUCUGGAAAGUGGGAUAUCAUUCCAUUUCAUUCCCUCGAUCGCCACACCAUGGUGGUCUAUGGGAAGCUGGAGUGAAGUCUUUUAA